UCACCCUGCCUUUGCUGCACUCACAUGACGAGUACAAGAACUUUAAGAUUAGAAGUCAAGUUCUCGAAAUUUGUUUUGUUGUUUUUCCGGAUUUUAUGAGAAUACAUGUAGUACAAGAUGGCAGAUCGGGUUCAGGACUACGGGCCCAUGUCACCCGCGUGCGCUCGAGCGCUGAGUGAUAAAAUGUACGAGAAAAGGAAAGGAGCGGCUUUGGAAAUCGAAAGAUUGGUGCGAGAUUUAAUGCAGUCGAACAGCACAGACCAGAUUGACAAACUCCUACACAUUCUGGGCACAGAGUUUGCAUUGUCUGCUAAUGGCCACGCUCGUAAGGGAGGAUUGAUUGGGCUCGCAGCUCUGGCUAUUGGUAUGGGAAAGGAUUCAACUGCUUACUUACCUCAACUGAUCCAACCUGUCAUCGCCUGCUUCAGUGAUCCUGACAACAGAACCAGGUACUUCGCCUGUGAGGCGUUGUACAACAUUGUGAAGAUUGCACGCAGUGCAGUACUCUUGCACUUCAACACAGUCUUCAGCAUACUUAGUCAGUUAGCGGCUGAUCCGGACAUCAACGUUAAGAAUGGAUCGGAACUCCUUGAUAGACUUAUGAAGGAUAUUGUGACGGAAAGCCCUGCCUUUGAUUUGGUCGCCUUUGUUCCUCUUCUAAGAGAUAGAAUUUACUCCACCAACUCCUUUGUCAGACAGUUCCUUCUCUCGUGGAUCACCACAUUGAACUCAGUACCAGACAUCAAUCUCCUCGUCUACCUCCCAGAGAUUCUGGACGGAAUGUUCCACAUCUUGGGAGAUGCCAACAAAGAAAUCCGAAAAAUGUGUGAAUUCUGCCUGGAUCAUUUCAUGAAGGAGAUGAAACAACUGCCGUCCAGUGUGGAUUAUGCGUCAAUGGUUAACAUACUCAUAGCACACAGCCAGGCACAUGAUGAGGUCAUCCAGCUGACUGCCAUCAACUGGCUGUUGGAGUUUCUGAAUCAGGCGGGACGUACCAUGAUACCCUUCACUUCGGGAUUGCUCAAUGCCACAGUGCCAUGUAUGGCAUAUGAUGAUGUACAAAGGAAAAGCAUCAAAGAAGCAGCUAAACUAGUCAACCAAAACCUUAUGAGGCUCAUUACCACAGAGGAUGACAAAGAUAAUGACGAACUAGAGGACAAACCCCAGCACACAACACCCUUGGGCCAAAGAGCGAUAAGAUUGGACAUAGCCCCAACGGUUGACGUAAUAACAAGGUGCAUGCAGCAUGAUUCCAUGCAGUGUAAGAUCACUGCGCUGAGAUGGACCUAUCACUUACACAUGAAGACACCAAGGAAGAUUUUUCAGCAUGUUGAAGACAUAUUCCCAGUACUUGUAAGAACACUGUCCGAUGUCUCAGAUGAGGUUGUAUUACUAGAUCUUGAAGUCUUAGCUGAGGUGGUUUCAUCGCCGGCUGGACCGGCAGCAACUGCGCAGACAACAGAGGGCGCUAGUCAAUCAGACCAGAGGGGUAAAUCAGCCUCUGCCACCAAUGCUUACUUCCAUAAGUUCAUGACUAAUCUUCUGCAGCUCUUUGCAUCCGACCGCCAGCUCUUAGAAGAUAGGGGGUCCUUCAUUAUAAGGCAACUGUGUCUCCUUCUCAACACCGAAGACAUCUACCGGACCCUGUCUGAGAUCCUAGUUGAUUACAAGGAUCUCCAGUUUGCAACAGAAAUGGUCCAAACGCUCAACAGCAUCCUACUGACGGCAACAGAGCUGUUUGAGCUCAGGAAUCAACUCAAAGAUCUCAAUUCGGAAAGCAGCUGCAAGUUAUUCUGCUGUUUGUACAAGUCCUGGUGCCACAGCUCCAUUGCCACCGUGUCCCUCUGCUUCCUCACACAGAAUUACAAACAUGCCUCUAGUCUCAUCUACUCCUUCGGUGACCUGGAAGUCACAGUGCACUUCCUGACAGAAAUCGACAAGUUGGUCCAGUUAUUAGAAUCCCCCAUAUUCACAUAUCUCAGGUUACAGCUGUUAGACACUGAGCGUAACCAGCACCUGGUAAAGAGUCUAUACGGACUUCUGAUGCUUCUGCCCCAGAGUACUGCAUUUACCACAUUGCAGCGUCGGUUAGCAUGUAUACCCAACUUACUCCAGAUUCCUAAAGAUCAGAGAAAGAUCCCAGGCUUAAUUCCAGAGAAAAGACCAUCAAUCAGGUCCAUCAAUUGGGAAGAGAUGCUCGCUCACUUCAUGAAGAUCCAAGCGGAGCACAACAAGACCAAACGUCUCCGCCUCCGAUCUACGGAUGACCAGCUACAGUCUCUCAAAAUCUAACCACUCUCGCAGUGGACCCGAGUUCUAAUUCAGGCAGCCACAUGUCAAUCACAUGUCAGUCACCUGUCAAUCACAUGUAAUUCACAUGUUGAUCACAAGACGAUCACAUGUCAAGCACAUGUCAGUCACGUGUCAGACACAUGUCAAUUACAUGUCAAUCACUAGUCGAUCACAUGUCAUUCGCAAGUUGAUCACACUAGUCACAUGUUCUAUACUAUUGAGGUCACAAGAAACAGGGCAUAAACCCUGACACAAGUGUCACGUUCCAUCUUAGCUUUGGACUGAAUGACAUUUGAUGAUUUUGUGUCGACUUAGAUGACUUCAUUACAACUUUGUUGAAAAGGGUAACAGGGAAGAAAGGGGUUCAUGCUCAAGCGUUCAUCCCUAUCCUCUGAGAGUGCUUGCCAAGGACAAUCCUGUUUUGAUGAACAUCGAAAGUAAAGUGGGGCACUACAUUGUGUUCUAGAUUCCAAAGGUAGGGCAAAACUGUAGCAUCAUAUGUACGCAACCACUUUCCCGAUGUGAAUAAAAAAAAUCACAUUCUCAUCUAAAUAUUGUACAGAUUUUGCGUUAAUUGAAGAAAAAAAUGAUCGUUGUUUCAAGAUAAUUGCAGGAAGCCUCUGAUUCUGGUUGGCCCACCAGCAUUGAAAAAAAAUGGCUUUUUUCAAAUACUGCUCCUAAUUGAUCAUGUUUAGCAAUUAGUCCGCAUUUUCGUGGCAAUCGAUACCUGUGAACAGGUACAAGCCAGCUAGACUGAUUCCCUGACCUUACAAUUCCCUUAUUUGCACUCUGGUUAAGAUAUCCUAUGUGCAUGUGUCAUAUUUGUGGCUACCAUCAGAUGGUUUUUAUUGUCAGUUUUACUUUUUGUAAUGUUGGAAACUCCUUUUGGGUAGGGUGGGGGGGGGGGGGGCAAGGGGUGGUCUACUUUACCCUUUGGUCGAGGAGCGUAUUUACUCAAGGUUUUUAUUAUAUUGCAUAUAUUUCCUUUGCUGACUUUUGUUAAAUGUGAAUAAUCACUGUUUGUUUGUUUUAUACUGUUGUAAUACUUCACAAGUAAAGUAUUUAAAAAAAUAGAAGAUUAAAAGUGCAACAAUUUUAUUUUAUAAAUGAAAUCUAAACAUAUUUCUUUAUUGAAAAAAUAAUGACUGACUCUAAUCUUAUGAAAACAAUUUGUCCAUGAAAUAUGCCACAUCUUAAGUGUAUAUGGAAUAUGAUGGAUGGAAUAAAUAUACUUAAAGAUUAUGUUG